GAUAAAGUCCGUAGCCAAGCAGACGACGCCAUUGAUGUCAACAAGAGAAGGCGUCUGUGUGAAUAGUGAUGAAGGCAACAUUUCCCUCGUGCCCUUAGCUCCCUCACACGUGCCGCGCCUCACUCUGCCGCACACACGCCCCGCCAGCAUGCACUCACGCUGAAUGAUGCCGGCGUGACCCUGCAACACUGAAACAAGAGUAGCUACAAUGGCGGGCAGCUCUGUGGUGGUGGCUGCGGUGGUGGUGGUGAUGAUGGCGAUGGUGAUGGUGGUGGUGGCUGUUGAUGGUGAUGAUGAGGUGAACUUGAUCUCAACGCGUACCAACAUGUCUGCAGAGAAGUGUGCCAGCCUGCGCAUCCCCCAAGGCCAGGUGUCGCCCCAUAAACGGUCGUACCUGGUGGGGGAGGUGGUGACGGUGAGGUGUGCCCGGGGGUUCAUGGCGCGCUGGAAGAUGGUGUGUGGGCCCAAGGGAGUGUGGCACAACCCUGACGGAUUCCCCAGGAUGCCGCGCUGUCGCUAUGUGGAGUGUGGGCCGCCCGACACCAUCAGCCAGGGGAAGGUGGAGGUGCUGUACCUUGGGGCGGGGCGAGUCAAUACGAGGGUCGGGGUGGCAGGGAAGGGUGGGGAGGCGUGGUACCCGGAGAACAGCGUGGCGGAGUACUCGUGUGAGGCGGGGUACAGACUGUUGACCUCCCGCACCGCACACACCACCCGUCUGCCACACCACCUCACCUGCCGCCGGGGGGAGUGGCAAGGAGAGCUGCCCCAGUGUGUGAGCCAGGGGUGCCGCGCCAGGGACCCGGUGAUGAACGGCUACUACUUUGAGAUCACAGGCUCUUGGGACGGCCAGGAGUACCCAGCCAGCGCCCGGGUCCAGUUUGUCUGUCACACCGGCUACAUCCUGAGUGGGCCAGACCAGUUCACCUGCGAGAAGGGAGGCGUUUGGCUGCCACGGAAGGAGGUGCCCCACUGUGAACCACUCCAGGAACUGAUAGGUGCUGAGCUGUGCCCAGUGCCGCCCGAGGUAGCCAACACAGAGCAGAAGUUGGUGCGUGGGCUGGUGACGACAAAGGGGGCCAUAGAGGGCACCGAGGUGUCUUACAGGUGUCGGCCACACUACAGGAACACUCUGGCCCCUUGUGUCACUCAUAUACUGACUUGCAAGGCCGGACUCUGGGAAGGAACGUCACCCAAGUGUGAGGAGUUCUACAGCUGCAUGCCGCCCCCAAACAUCCGCCACGGCACCCUCUCGGACAGUGCCUCCUCCUUCCCGGUGCAGGCACAGGUGUACUAUCAGUGUGAGUCGGGGUACAAGUUAAUGGGUCCCUCUGUGGUCACCUGCCAGGAGGACACAGGCUGCUGGACUCCUCGCCUUCUGCCUGUGUGUCGACGCCUUCACCAAUACAGAGAUGAGCCGCUGAGGGGAGACACUUCUAUCCUGGACAUCCACACCAUCCUUGUCGCCACCACCGGGAGUGUCAUCGGCAUCCUGCUCAUUGUGCUGGCCCUCAUCCUGUACCAGCGUGCCGUCAGCCCCAAACUGGUGCGUCUACGGAACAGUGGCAGUGGUGGGGUGGUGGACUCCCCACCCACCCACCCCCGGCCAGCCAGUGCCCCGCCCCCACACCCAGACCAUGACCCUGACAGAGUGGCCCUCAUUGCCUUCCCUGAUGAGCAAGGAGUUCCCCCCACAUAUGAGGAAGCCGUGCGCCACCGCCCUGCCAUCUUUGAGCCUCCCGGAGGUGCAGGAGGGGCUGGCAGGUACACCCCCCACGCCCCACGCAGCCGUGCACACAGGGUAGGGGUGCCAGGGGUGGUGGGGGUGGCAGUUGGGGGCAGGAGGAGCAGGCACCGCGACAACCCUGAUAAUAUUUCAUACCAGUCCAUUGGCUCAGCUCGGCAGUCCUCAAGCACGUCCCGAUCUAUAAGUAUGCGCAGCUGGUCGGCGUGUGACAGCUUGGGGUCAACGGACACGGUGGCGGCAGCGAGCGACUCGACCAACGUGACGGUGGACACACAGAGCUCCGGGGGCGCCAGUACCGGCUCCCAGGCCCCCUCCUGCCGGGCCCUCGCUGGCUCCCUGGCUUCCUUUGACACCUCCUCCCUCGUGAACAAUGAAGGUGAACCACUACUGGAGGAGGCGGAGGCAUACGAGGGAGGGAUGGAGGAGCAUCCCACACACCACCACCACCACCCACACCCACACCACGGCCACCACCACCACCACCACCACCACCGCGGCGAGGAAGACCACUUGUCCCUUAGAGAUUCUGACUCUCUCAAGGAACACACUGCCUGCCCUGCCCCCACCCCACCCCAUCCCCGCCCCACCGCCACCCACCCCUCUCAGGAGCAAGGUUAGGGGAAGAGAGAGUGAGAGAGUGAGUGAGAGUGAGAGGAAAAAGUGUGAGUGAGUGAUUAAUUAAAGAGAGAUAGAGUGAGAGGAAAGAGAGAGUGAGGAAGUGAGUGGUUGAUUAAAGAGAAAGUUAUAUUAAAAAGUAACUGAGAGUCAAGAGAGUGAGAGAGUGAGUGAUCAAUUAAAGAGAGAGAGAGUGAGUGAGUGAGUGAGUGGUUAGUUAAAGAGAAAGUAAGAGUAAAGAGAGAGUUAGUGAGUGAUUAAAGAUAGAGCGAGAGAGUGAGAGAGAGAGUGCCAUUAAAAAACAAGAGAGAUUACAAAUGAGAUUAACGUAAGCCACCUUGUGAAUUAAUUUGAUAGUAAUAACCGUAACACUUAAUAUUCAUAGUAAUCAUUAUAACAAAUAUCACUUAAUAUUAAACCCCACUACACUUAAUACCAAGCCAAACGAUGGAUACUUUAUUACUUUUAUUUUCUCUCUGACCCGCAAAGAGGCUAUUAGCUUUAGAAUACUCAGAUAUCGCUAUUUAAUCACUGCUGUUUGUAUUAUAUAGCAAACGCACAGGGCAUUAUCUCUAUUAUCCAAAAGGUACACUGCAGUUAUCAAGGGUGGUCUGUGAGGAAAGUCAGGUAGAAGUUGUAGGUUGUGUCAAAGUGAGAAGAAUAAGUAAUUUGUGAGGGAUUUAAAUUUGGAGGUUUUCAGAGAGGAGGAGGUGGCGGAAGGAGGAGGAAUAGGGUGAAAAGAACAGGAGAAAGAUUGUAAAGAGAGAGAGAGAGAGGAAAAGAAAGAAGCAAAGUGAGAGAAUAGAGUCAAUUGUGAGAGAUAAAUUUGGUGGUUAUUAGAGAUGAGGAGGAGGAGGAGGAGGUGGAAGAGGAGAAAGAGGGUAAAAAUGAGCUGGAGAAAGAUUGUAAAGAGAGAGAGAGAGAGAGAGGAAAAGAAGGAAGCAAAUUGAGAGAAUUGUUAGUUCUUGUGCAGUAUAAAUUUGAUGGUUCUUAAAGAGGAGAAGGAGGAGGAGCGGGAAUAGGAUAAAAAUGAGCUGGAGAAAGAUUAUAAAGAGAGAGAGAGGAAAAGAAGGAAGCAAAAUGAAGAAAUAGAAUCAAUUGUUUUCAAUGCUAUGAUUUAUAAAUUGUGAGAUUUAAUUUUGAGGAAUCUAAGAAGAAGAGGAAGAGGAGGAGGAGAAGGGUAAGAAGAGCUGGUGAAGAUUAUAAAAGGAAAAGGAGGCAAAGUGAGAGAGUAGAAUAAAAUGUUUUCAGUGUUACAAUUUAAAAGUUUGAAGAUGUUUAAAUUUGAAGGAUCUUAGUGGGAGGAGGAAAAAGUCAUGCAAAGAGAGAAAAUGUAGUCAGAUGUUUUCAAUGCCACAAUUCAGAAGUUAUGAUAGAUAGAUAGAAGAACAUUUGAAUAUAUCCCUCUUUGAUAUACAAGUUUUAAUCCCAAUCUAUAAAUCUCUCACAAAACAAAGACAUCAAUAGAGGAGGUGGUGACGAGAAACACAGGUGCAGGGAGAUGAGUUUAUUCCCGACUAGUUUCGCUGUAUGGUUCUUCAGAGGAAUUGAGGUUAGUCGAGGAUAAAACACUCACCUCCCUACACCUGUGUUUCUCCUCACCACCUCCUCCUCCAAUCCAGAUAGUGUUGUGGUGAUCCAGAUGUUCUCGUGUUAUGAAAAAUUACCAUCAUAUAUGUUUUCUUUAUAUGCUGCAACUUGUGUGAAUGUCUUGACAAAAACAUCAAGAUUAUAACCAAUUCACCUUACAGUAAUCCCUCUUGAACUUACUUAUUUCCACCACUAACUUCCCUCACUAAACGCCCUGCCAAAUAUUAAUCUAUGCCGCCGUGGUACAGUGGAACCAUGCGUGCUUUGGGGUCCGAGGGGUCUCCAAGCGCAGGGGUUCGAAUCCUGUCCACGGUCCGAGUGUAGGUUGGGCUUCCUCACUUGGGGUAACGGUUUCCUAGCGGGUGUGCUUUGAGAUAGGAGGCACCCCAAAAUGUAUCCCCUUGAGCCCAGAAAUUCCCGUAAAAAACCACACAUGGUAUAAAUAGAUAAGAUAAUAAUAGAGAGACAUUAUUAUAGAUUGCUUUUCCUCUAACAUGACUUUCCUCACUGAACACCCACCAAAUAUUAAUCAAUGCUUCAGAGAGGGACAUUUUUAUUGAUCUUUUUUUUCUAUAACAUGACUGGCUGGCUUUGUAGCUUUGGGUCAGAUAUACAUUGUUUAUUACUUUUUAGGCUGUAACUGAAAGAAAAUGAGGGUUAUGCUUGUGCUGUUUGUGGUGUAUUGAGAGCUAGGUGAUGAGUAAGUAGUAGUAGUAGUUGUUAUAGUAGUAGUAGUAGUAGUAGUAGUAGUAGUAGUAGUAGUAGUAGAGGGAAUUGGAAUCUGUUUGAGUAUAUUUUAUCUGUGUGUGUGUGUGAAUAACAUUUGUAUUAUGAGAGAGAGAGAGAGAGAGAUAUAGUUUACUUAUUGCUACAUUUUCUUUAUGAAGCAUCACGCCAGCACACACUCAAGUAAAUAGGAGCUUUAAAGAGAGAGAGAGAGAGAGAGAGAGAGAAUGAGAGAGAGAGAGGAUAGAGUAAGGACUAAAAUUAAGCGAUGAAAGGCGAACAAAAUAAAUGUUUGAUAAUUUAAGAAUGGUAAAAAUAUAUUCGUAAGAGUGUUUGUAUGAGAGAGAGAGAGAGAGAGAGAGAGAGAGAUAUAGAGAUACAAUUACAAAAACAAGAGAAUUAACCUGUAUUAACUAAGACUGUAUUUUUAAGGUAUUGUAAUAUUAAUCGAUCAAAGAAAUUAUAUAUAUAGUUGUAAAUUCUCCACUCGACACCCCAAAGGUUAGACUAGAUGGAUAUGUGUCUGUGUGUCUGUAUGUCUUAUCAAUACAUACCUAUAUAUAUAUCAGUUUGUUACAUGU